AUGAGGCUCGCAGGCAGCAGGGCCGGCAGCAGCUGCUUCCGGAAGAUAGCACCGGCCGCACCGGCAGCAGCAGCAGCAGCGGCAAAAGGGGAUCUUUGUGCGGCAAAAGCGUCUAUAACACUUAAGAAAAAAGGAAGACAGACGCGCUCAGGUGUCUAUACACCUCACGGGCGGCACCCAGCGCUGCCGACCACCCGAAGGCCUGCGCAGCGGUCAGGGCCACGGCUAGCAGCAGAGGCCCCUGGGGAGUCUUAG